UUGGCAACACUACUCAGAUAAAAAAAAGUUGGACGACCUCGAAUUGAGAAUUCGAAGUAAACAUAACCAAUAAUAGAACUGCAAUAUUUUGAUAAAAAUAAUUACAAUUCCUGCCUGUGAUAUAUCGCUGUACUAAAGAACUUCAGUUAAUUUAAUGAAUUUAUUGAUAAAUCAGUUUCAAGACGAAGUAAUUCGAACUCCAAUGGACUGGACAUCGGGAAAAUUAAAAAGUAUUGACUACUUUAAACUUCAUUUGUGUCAACUGUUGCUGACUCUGAGGCUAUACGACGUCCAGGACAGGUAGUACUGGAUCAUCGUCAUCACCAUCAUCACCUCAUCACGAAUACUGGUGAACUAAACCCUGUUUGACUACGCCUACGCCUGACUGACGACUCAGGGACUGCAGUCAGGUCAACUGUUGUCCACCCCUCGAUGGCUGGUAGCAGGUUUUCAGGCAUGAAGACAUAAAAGCUGGUAUUGAUAAAAAGAAUAGGAAAUCUGCCGAAAUGUAUAAGAAACGAGAAGGAACGUCCGGCAUUAAAGGCCAGCUGUACGAAACAAAACUAAUAAGUCUUAUUAACUUCAGAGCAAAAUUCGACAACAGCCUCAAAGACUGUUAUUUAGCGACCAACAUGGCAGACAUAGGAACAUUUGACGAUAUAUGCUUUAGAGCUAAAGCGAAAAUUGGGAACAGUAAACAAAUCGCCAUUUUUGUUCAAGCGAAACACAGAGAAGCAGAUAAAACAGUUUUGACGCUAAACAGCAAAAACGACUUAGCUAAAUGGUUCGCCAGCUACCUAACCAUCAGACGUUCCUUCAAGCAAAACAAUAAAGACGUCUUUUUUAAGGGAAAUUUUCAAGAUAUUGAUACUUAUUUCAUUAUGUAUACGACAGCUAGAGAUGAUCAUGAUAAUGUACGAUUUGAUAAAGAAGUUGCUCAUAAACUCAACAGUUUAAUAGCUACAGGGAAUGAUGCCGUCCAGCCGAAUCACAAAGAAACACAUGUGGAGUUUCUAUGUGAAAUAGUCAUGAAGGAACAGCUAGUCGAGCUGGCUAUUUUACUAGCAGAAUUUGUUAAUAAAAACGACAAUACUGUACUGUCAAUUAACAACGAUCUGAUACUCAUUUACCACGUGAUUCUGGCAAAAAACUUCUUACUUAUAAGUGAGAUUCGGGAUAAAAACAAAAACAGUGAACACAGAAUAGCUCGUUUCCGUAGUGAAUUUUACGAAAGCGAUGAUGAAUUUAUUAAAUUAUUCCGAGACACGCUUUAUAUGGACAUUUUAAAGAAAAGGCAACUUGAUGAUGUCGCAAAGAAUGAAUUGCUAUCAAAACUAUUUAUGAAACCCUUUGAUGUUCAAAUAUUAGCAAAACUUAUAUGCAAUGUUGUAACUCUAAACAACAGUAAUGGAAAACUAGAAUUUGUUGACAAAUCUAUGGGUGAAGAUUUAAGACAUAAAUUAGAAAAAGUAAAUGUUCUUCGGGCGAAUGUAUACGAAGCCAUGUCUAUAGCUGCAGAAGAAAUCCUGAGACCGAAGGAAAUUAAAGUCCCAGUGGCAUUCGGCAAUAAAGAUCUCACAGUAAGAGGGAAUGAAGAUAAUAAUGAAGAUUGGACAGCUGACAGCAUCCUUGUGAAAGUCAAAAACAAAAUGGUGGAAAUGUUAUUGAAAUCUGCACCGGGAAAUAUAGUCACAAUAGACAAAACAGUGGAAAAAGAAUUUUCGAAAAUCAACAUCGAUUUAGCCAGUAUAGUGGGAAAUAUUUUAAUAGCAGACCAAAACUGUAAAUACCUGAAAUUCUUAGACAAUACCAAAACACUAGGUGACAUUGCGAAACAGUUGUUUUCUGACCUACAAUCCGCAAUACCAAAUUUAAAAGAUUUCAAAUUUAAUCUAGAAGUUGAUACGUUUCCAGUGCUAUCUUUUGAGAAGAUAAAUUCAAUAGAAGAUGACAUUUCAGCUCUCGCGACAACAAUUGCAAUAUUUCUGAAUAAAAACACUGAUUCAGUAAUGCAAACGACAGAUAAUAUCUUACGACGAUACCACGUGGCUCUUGCACAUAAAGUAUUGGACAUUUCUGAGAUUAUUGGUGAGGAAGACGAUGCGUACAGACUAGCGCAAUUUCAACAAGAAUUUUUUGAGUCAGAAGAACAUUCCCUCGUCUUAUUCAAAAGACAUUUGUAUCCUGAAGUAUUGAAAGGAAGGAAUUUAGAUGGAAAUGAACUUGAAGACUCAUUGGAAAAGAUUUUCAAUGACCCACGUGAUAAGACUUCGCUAGGAAAAUUAAUUAAUACAGUUAUAAUGUAUGCCAAUGGAAAAUUUCAAUUCAUUUACAGUAAUGCACCAGAUGAUAAAAAACAACUAUUAGAUAGAAUAGAACUGCCUCAAUCGGUAGUAGACGAUGCUAUAAAUCUAACUGCAAAGGCAAUACUUAUGAAACGAUAGUUUAAAGUCUC